AUGGCUUCCUACGUAUAUUUCAAAUUCAAGUCGCAAAAGGAGCCUCAGCGUGUAACCAUUGAUGGACCUCACACGGAUGUCUGGAAUCUCAAGCGUGAAAUCAUCAGCAUUUCCCGUCUAGGAGACGGCACCGACUUUGACCUCAAGAUCUACAAAGAAAAUAGCAAUGAAGAAUACACCGACGACACCGAAAUUAUCCCCAAAGACUCAACAGUCCUUGCUCGAAGAUUACCCGCAUCGGCCCCAGGCAAGGGACGUGCUGCUCGUUAUGUGUCUGGAAAACCGCCUGUCAGUGCAAAGCCUUCUGUGGCGGCUUCAGCAAGCAGAGUGGUCAAGACAGUGGACAUGGAUAAAGCAAUGACGGAGGAGGAGAAAUUAAAAGCCAUGCUCCAGUUCACCGAUGCGCAAUGGCAACAAAAGCAGGAAGAAAUGUCACAUGAAACUCGGGUACCUAUGCAAGGGAAGCCCUUCAACAAGAAGGCGAACGUGCCGGAAGGCGAACCACCUCAUGGGUACAUUUGUUACCGCUGUGGCAAGAAAGGCCAUUGGAUCCAAGCAUGUCCAACGAAUGAUGACACCAAAUAUGACAACAAGAACCGUAUCAAACGGACGACUGGGAUUCCUCGUUCCAUGCUGAAAAAGAUCGACCAAGCAGAUAUCGACAAGCUUGACGACGCACAAAGACAAAACCUCAUGGUAAAUGCUGAAGGAGAAUAUGUCUUUGCUCAAGCGGACGAGAAAGCUUGGAGAAAGCAUCUUGAACAAGUCAAAGCCUCUGAGGCGGCCCAGAAGAAACAAAACCUUGGUGACCGAGAGCUGCAGGAUCGAGGCUUGGAAUGCCCGAUCGACAAGCGCUUGUUUGUAGAUCCAAUGAAGACACCUUGUUGUGGGAAGACAUAUUGUCAUGACUGUAUCGAGAACGCAUUGCUUGAGAAUGAUCUCACAUGCCCUGGCUGUGAGACAGAGAAUAUCAGCCUUGAGCGCCUCGAGCCUGAUGCGGAGAUGAAGAAGAAAAUCAAAGAAUAUGAAGCCGAAAAGGCUGAUUCAAAGCAACGGUCUCGAAGCCCUACACUAGCAGCCAAUUCGCCGGAAGACAAUGCUUCACCCGCUGGUUCCAGACCUGGUUCCCGCGAUGGUACUGGUACUCCUCAGUCGACGAAUGGUUCGGCUAAGAAGCGCAGUGCGAGUGAAGUUGACGGCUCUACGUCUAUCAGCAAUCUCGCGGCUCCGGCUAUGAAGCGUCAAAAAUCCGGGGACGCGGUAUCAUCGUCUACGCCUCAUCCCGAUGGCAUUCAGGGACCAAAUAAUGAUAGCGCCAAGGAGGCUGCUUCCACAUCUGAGACCGCUAAUGUGCUGCCCACCAAUAUGAUGCCGCCUGAUUUUUCACAAAUGCAACAGAGCAACAACAUGAAUCUGCCAAUGAUGCCUGGCUUCAACCCAUUCAUGAUGAAUCCUAUGAUGAUGGGCAUGGGCAUGGGUAUGGGCAUGAACGGGAUGAACGGGAUGGGCGCAAUGAACUUUAUGAAUCCGAUGAUGAUGAACGGCAUGAACGGCAUGAACGGCAUGAACCCGAGCAAUAUGGGAAACAUGGGCAUGAACUUCUCAGACCAGCAGAACUGGAAUGGGAACAUGAACCAGAAUCUAAACAACAACAUGAACCAAAACCAAAUCAGCGGCUACAACAAGUUUCCCAAUCGUCCCCACCGAAACCAGAACCUCCAGGCUCCCUCAAAACCGUCGACACCACAACAACCCGCCGGUCUCGUAGGGGUGCCCACCGGACCGAAGGCCAUGAGCCAGCAGAACCAAAAUCACAAGUACAACCCGAACCAAAACCAGCAGAACUUUUACCCACCGUCAGGACCAGCCGGGGGCAAGUUCUCGAAUCAGCAGCGGCAUACGGGCAAUGAGGAGGACAACGCCUACAUGCGGCAGCCGGUCAAUCCGCAUCGACAUACUAACCGGAACAGGAGGCCACGGCAAGCGGAUUAUAGGGAGCUGUAG